AUGUCAGAAUACGUAAUACCGCUUGCUGUUGGAGUGGUCGAGAUAUUGGCCUUCCUGGUGAAGGAAAAACCACAUUUUUUAGGAAGGCUGGAUGUCUACCCGGCACUUAUCACCAAGGACACUGAAGAUGGAACGAUUUUGUUUGCGGCAUUUGAAGGGUUGGAAUUGGAAGCCCUCGACUUGAUAGGAGGAUUUGUUCUGCUCAUGGAACUUUACUGGGUUUUCAAUGUAAAGUACAGUCACAAGAACAAAAAUGUUUUUGCACUUGUUGAACAUUUUUGUGGACUGCCAUCAUCAAGACCAGCAACACUUGGGACACUGCAGGCAAUUUCAGCAAUUAAGAAGCUGCAGACCUUGCCAGAGAAGGAAUGAUUAUAUACAAUAAUUUAAUAAAAUUUAUUUGUACAGUUCCUGAAAUGUCUGCUUGGUUCC